CAAUCUCCGCCAGUGCUCGCUCAUGUACAGCACCACUAAUCGGAACUAUCCAUUCUCGUCUCUGCGCACACCAAUCCCGGGGCCGACGAGUGUGACAAUUCGCGAGACCGGGUCCGGAGCAGCCGAGUGGAUAUAUAAUCAUGAGCUUCGCAUCUCGCCCCUCUCCUCCGUUCUGCCUGCCUGCCGCGACUCUGAUUUCGCUUCUCCGUGUUCUCUGAGGGUCGUGAUUCCGCUCUCAUUAAGUGCCCUCGGCUGCGUCAGCUCGAUGAAGCCUCUGUAAACCCGAGCGAUCUUUCUGUGGCAAGGCGUAGUGUUGGGCUCGUCAUUCGGGAGAAGUCAGGCGAGCGGUUUCUUCGCAUGAACCUCUCUGCAGCAGAUCAUACUAUGGUGAUGAGUGGACUCAGAAUUGGGAGGAGGAGGAGGGAAGGCGUCCGAGGAAGAAAUUUCCUUCACUUGCUUGACGUUUCCACUGGAGGCGAAAGACUCGCUGUCUAGAAGUCGUCCGCAGUGUGUACUUAUCGUGGUGAUUUCUCUCGUUACGUCACUCGAUGUAUCGGAACAUUUCAGCUUUCUCCUUCUCGCAAUUCCCAUUGCAGAGAUGAUGUGAGCCUGAGACCGGAGUGCUGAUAGUUGGCAGAGGUCGACAUUGUCUGAAUUGCUCAAGGACCAAGGACCAAGAGCGCAAUGGCGGUAGUGAGCGUUCAACUCGUCAGCAAGGCUGCUUCUGAGAAGCUGUCGAUGAAAUAUUCUGAUCUUUCGGAGCCUCCGGAAGUGAUUGGUCCGGAGCCGAAGCGGCUCUCUCUUCAGUCAUUUCUCCACUCGCAUUUCGCCAAUUCUCCACGGAGGACCUCCAUGGAUGAAUUCACAGACGCCAGCCACACGUUCGACUCGCGACGUCUGUCGACAACUGGGGAUUCUCGAAGAGCCUCCGCGGAGUACUAUCCAAAUUUGAAACAAGAAGCUUUCGUAAUCUCUGUGACCCCUUUGAAUACAGAAAAGGUGGGGCCGAAUUUCUUGCUCAGAAGCAGCCCAGCUCCGAGCACAUUCUCGGCACCGAGCACAUUAAUCAAGAAGGCCGCCAGCGGAUUGCCGGCGAACUUGACCAAACCACGACCGAAGAACUACGAACAUUUGAGCUUGAAAUACAAGCUACUUUACCUCUGCGGUGUCUCGAACAUCGACAUGGUAGACAACUAUGUCUCCAUUCCAAGAUAGCCAACAAAGGACAAUGUGGAAAACCCAUUAUUUUUCAACAGCGGAGACUAAGUCCGCGCUGUUAACAAUGUCAAGCCGUGGCUAGAUGUCAUACGUUCUUCACCACUAGUUGAGAAAAGAAGGUGGGGAGCAAUGUACUGGACCGAGAAGCUCCGAUCGAUCUUGAAAAUGGCACUGGAUCUCACAUUGUCUUUGGUUCUUGAUGAAAUUUGCCCGAGGGCACUCUUUCAGCAGGCACGGACCGUUACGGAAAACUAUAGAAUUGUUUCUCCAAAGCCAUAUAAGCCUCUGGAACAUGCUAGUAAGAACAAAAUCCAGAGCAAUUUUGUACAGUGAGCGAACUUGCGUCAGUAAUGUGAUGAACAAAUGUUGUAUAGGAGCUCUUCAAGCCAAAGAUGCAUCAGUUGAGUUGACGGGACUUCAAAGAUCCUUCUCUCGAUGAUUACCAUUGCAGGCUGUGUGCCUUGAUCAAGAAUAGUUUCUAGUUGAGAUCAGUAGUAUGGCUUACCUGCGAGAAUGACUAGGAGUUGCAAUGGUUCCACAAGAAGUUAUUGGCUUGUGAAUUCCCACACAAGUCCCUUAAAUCUGAAUCUGUGUGAUUCAUACGUCUUCACGGUACGAUGAAUCCGAACAUGCUCAAAUCAGGAUUGUAGAAAGUACGAUAGGUAACUUCAUUAAUUAGAACAGCGAUCAGCUCUUGGACAAGCGGUCCAUAUGACACCAGAUUUUCAACUUCAAAUUUAAAUCUCAUCGCUUUCUUU